AUGAACGAUGAUCGCAGGCAACCAUCACCGGCGGCGACGGCUUCUGCCCCAAUGACGGAUCCUCUUCACGACUCAACCGCCUACCUCUCAGCGCAAAUGCCCACUUCUAGUGGAGGAAUGACCACGGCCGAAUUCGCGGCGUCAGCGCAAUUCGGAGGAAGUCGCACUGCUGUUGCCAAUGCCGCGCCGGAAAAUGCGGCGGCGGUGCUAAUAAGCAGCUCUCCGAGCAGUCACGGAUUCUUACGGCCCACACCAGGGCUCGAUCGCGCGACCUUUCCGCAUUGGAUGCUCGGAUCUGCAACUGCCGCGCCGCCAGGGGAUCAUAAUAGAGGGGUUGCUGCCAGUUAUUCUACUAGUAGCGGCCACGUUGUCCCCCCGCCUGCAACAGCGGCGGCGGCGGCGCGGGAUCCGACGCUCGCCGCCAGCGGGGCCGCCGCAUUGCCGCUUGCGCCUUUCGCGUCCGCCAUGGAUGCUCUCCGCGCGACGGACGACGUGGACACAAUGAUGAAGGCCGAGAGUGAUGCUGACGUGGCGAGUGGUGACAACAGCGGUGGUGCUUGCAGUGACGAUGAGGAGGACGACGGGAAUGAAGGGGGAGAGGCGCAUGGGGGACAGGAAGGGCAGGCGAAGCAUGCGGGAGAUGGGGGGCAUGGGGGAAGCGAUAGGGGGCAUGGGGGAAGCGAUAGGGGGCAUGGGGGAAGCGAUAGGGGGCAUGGGGGAAGCGAUAGGGGGCAUGGGGCGCAGGAAGAAAAAGCAGGGGAAGAAGGGAAAGGGAGAGAGGAACCAGGGCAGCAAGAGAUACCAGCCCAGCAGCAGCAGCAGAACCAACGUGGGCCUCAGAGGCCGUCUCGUGGCACUGCAAGGGUGGGAAGUGGCCCUCAUCCGACAAGGUGCGUUGUGCGGUGCUGCCUGUACUGA